UGCGCUGAGCCCACUUCCCACUUGAGACGAAAGCUGGACGAAGGAAGAGAAAUAGACCAGAGAAAAUGUCGAGAUACACAAGGCCACCAAAUACUUCUCUGUACAUCAGAAAUGUCCCUGAUACUACGAGACCAGAUGAGUUGCGAAGUUUGUUUGGCAAAUAUGGACCCAUAAGUGAUGUUUAUGUCCCUGUGGAUUAUCACACAAGAAGAGCCCGAGGAUUUGCGUACAUACAAUUUGAGGAUGCCAGAGAUGCUGAUGAUGCAUUGUACCAUCUGGACAGAACACGCUUCUAUGGCAGAGAGCUGGAGAUCGAGUUUGCUAGAGGUGAUAGAAAAACUCCGAAUCAGAUGAGGAACAAGGAACGAGUGCGCCGCUCCCCGUAUGGUCGAAGCUAUUACGAUGACUAUGACCGAGGCAGUCGCUACAGGUCCAGAAGUCGUAGUCCAAGGAGAUCGAGAAGCAGGAGUCCAAGGAGAAGGAGGUCUCGCAGCAGAUCCUAUGAACGGAGAGGUUUUUCAUCCCGAUAUUCAAGCAGACGGUCACGAUCCUUCAGUCGCUCCAUGUCACGAGGAAAGUCUCCUGGCGGCAUCAGUAGGAGUCCAUCAAGUGACAACUGAGCAUCUUAUUUCAUUGUUGAUCGUUUCUUCAAGAUGAAUAAGCUUCAUGUACAUUUUUAGCAUCUAGUAUCAUUAUCUGUAAAUAUGUCCAGUCUGUUUUCUGUGUACACACUUGAAAUGCUUCUGUCAUAUUUUCUACACAAGUCUCUAGUGGUGUUACAUCCGAGGAACUGAAGUUGAUAUGCUCCUUGUAAAUAUAUCUUAGGACUGAUGUUGUUGAAACAACUAGUUUCACUUAUGUUCUCCUAUUGUUGAGUUGCUUUUAGACCUCCAGAAUGUGAGAUGCUCCAUUUUUGGUAUUACGGAUUUCGUCUACUGUUAGUCACAUGUCAGUCUAAGUGAUACGUGUGUAUAUGACUGUAAUGGAAUAAAGAUAUUUUCCUGA